AGGUUACAUGUGGGUCAAAGUGAUUGCCAGGAAAGCAGAAGCGCUUCACUGUGUCUGGGCAGGCCAAGGUCAAUUCGGAGAGCGGGACCUGACAGUUCAAGCGGGAGAGUACCUCCAAUGUGCUCACUCGCACCCGCACAACUUCACAACUCCUCAGGUCCACUUUGCCUUCUAUAACAACGUGACAGAGCCAAUGGCCGAGGCGCUCACUGACAUGGGUGUCACCGUGUGGGGACGGCGUGUCCCUGUCAGGCCGGAACUGCAACAGAAACUGGCACUACACCUGGCUCACUUGGACGACGAUGAUGACGAUGAAGAGGAUUACGACCAUAAUGAAGACGACGACGACCACGAAGACGAUGACGAUGACAAAGACAACGACGACGAAGACAGAGAAGAAGAAGACGAAGAAGAGGACGAGGAGGAUAGUGGUAUCAACCCGCCCUACGAAACCGAACAGCUGUCGGCGGCUACAUCUGGAAAGGAAAAGAACUUACCGAACCCCACUGGUGGGUGUAUAGAGCCAUGUGCUCGUACAGAAUCAACACCGACUAUUACGGAUGAUUCUCCGUGCCUCUUCGAUAUAUGCCCGGAGAAAUACGUUUUGGGAGGCACUAUCUCUUCAGUUUAUUGUGAUGAUAUUGACGAUAUUAGAGAGCGUAUAUCAACAAUGGUAGAAGACUCCGCCCCAAGCCACUCCGUUUCGACACCCGAGCACGCCCCAUCAACGCAAGUCGAUGGUGUGGAAGAGCCGUCCCCUGGACCGGUGGUCGCCCUUGGUGAAUCACUUCUCGGGGGCAGUUCACCCAGCCUGCAAAAAAACUCUCGUGAUUCGAUUCCGCCCGAGUCUUCUCCCUUACCCGCCUGCACCAUCGGGGAUUUACGGCCUCUUACAGAUGCCAUUGUCACUUUAUGUCCUUCCAGAAGCUCUGUUGGGGGCGGCUGUAGUGGUGGUGUUGCAGAACAACAACGUGGUAUUUCCCAACAAGGAAGUGACAGCCAGCUGGGAAAGGUCAACAUUGUCUUUCAGUGUCUAGUGGUUAGUCCCCCUGAUUUCAGUCCGGGUCACUGCCCGUCCAUGUCCCAGCCUCCCGUGAGCCAGGGUUUGACGACGGUCAGCAAGGUCAACCUGGACAUCACGUGCAUGAUAGCUCUGGUGUCCGCACUCACGCAUGGCGGAUGCCACACAGAGUUCAGGGAGAAAGUAUUACGUCGCCAGGCAGAGGAAGAAAGACGAGAACCGGUUCUACCAGCACUGCAAACCUUUCUGCAAGGAAAAGAGCUGUACGCCAGCGAAUCUGCUGCCACUUGCUUCAGGGACCUUGUCUCUCUCAUGGGGGGACCUGGAGAAAAGACAAGAGCAGACCAGCUGUUGUCCACUGUGCGCGUAGUGGCUGACCAGCCUUCAGCACGGGCCAGAGGACUCUCCUGCGGAGGGAAGGUCAAGGACAGGUCAAAGGUGAUUUUUGGCACAGGUGACAGUCUUGAGGCUAUCACUGUAACAUCCAAUAUGGGCUUCGUGCGAGCUGCCCAAAAUCAGGGCGUCGUGUUUCCAGCGUUCCUGCACUCUGCUCGGGCCCUGACGGAGCAGAAAGAGCGACAAGAGCCCUCCACUCGGAAUCUCGGCUUGUCCGCACGGAGAAACGGCGCGGACUGUGAUUCAUUGUGAGAUACAGACUCCUCAAUGGCCAUCAUCGGUCCCGUGUAUUUUAGGAACUCCAAUGAGUUCCCUCUUGCCCCCCCC